CGAGUGACUUGAGUGAAGAUGAUCAAAACCGAGUCUCGGUCGGCCACCUCGCUGCCAACGGAUACCAUGGACAUCACCGGCAGCAAGACGCACACCUGCCGUGUGAGACUCAACGUGGGGGGCCUUCUCCACGAAGUCCUGUGGAGGACGCUGGACAGGCUACCCCGCACACGACUGGGCAAACUGAGGGACUGCAACACCCACGAUUCUAUCUUGGAGAUAUGUGAUGACUACAGCUUGGAUGACAGUGAGUACUUUUUCGACAGACACCCCGGAGCUUUCACCUCCAUUCUGAACUUCUACCGCACCGGAAAGUUGCACAUGAUGGAAGAAAUGUGCGCCCUCUCGUUCAGCCAAGAGCUGGACUUCUGGGGCAUCGACGAGAUCUACCUGGAGUCCUGCUGCCAGGCCAGGUACCACCAGAAAAAGGAGCAAAUGAACGAGGAGCUAAAGAGAGAGGCUGAGAAUAUGAGUGAGAGGGUCGGAGAGGAGUUUACAACCACAUGUUGUUCUGAGAAGAGGAAGAAGCUGUGGGACCUCUUGGAGAAACCAAGCUCAUCAUUUGCUGCUAAGAUCCUGGCAAUUUUCUCCGUCCUCUUCAUCGUGUUGUCUACCAUCGCCUUGUCUCUGAACACUCUUCCAGAGCUGCAGGACACAGAUGAGUUUGGUCAGCCCACUGACAACCCGCAGCUGGCCCAGGUGGAAGCUGUGUGUAUUGCCUGGUUUACCAUGGAGUACCUGCUGCGCUUCCUCUCCUCCCCCAACAAGUGGAAGUUCUUCAAGGGUCCGCUGAACAUAAUCGACUUGUUGGCCAUCCUGCCAUACUACGUCACCAUCUUUUUGACAGAAUCCAAUAAGAGUGUGCUGCAAUUUCAGAACGUCCGGCGCGUAGUUCAGAUUUUCCGGAUCAUGCGGAUCUUGCGUAUUCUGAAGCUGGCUCGUCACUCCACAGGUCUUCAGUCUCUGGGUUUCACGCUCAAGAGGAGUUACAAUGAGCUGGGCCUGCUCAUCCUUUUCUUGGCCAUGGGCAUCAUGAUAUUCUCCAGUCUAGUGUUCUUUGCCGAAAAGGAUGAAGAGGACACCAAGUUCAAAAGUAUUCCAGCUUCUUUCUGGUGGGCUACCAUUACCAUGACAACAGUAGGCUAUGGCGAUAUUUACCCUAAAACUCUCCUGGGAAAGAUAGUUGGAGGAUUGUGCUGCAUUGCCGGAGUAUUAGUUAUCGCCCUGCCUAUCCCCAUUAUUGUGAAUAACUUCUCUGAGUUCUACAAAGAGCAAAAGAGGCAGGAGAAAGCUGUCAAGAGAAGGGAGGCUCUGGACAGGGCGAAGAUAAAUGGCAGCAUUGUUUCGAUGAACAUGAAAGAAGCAUUUGCCCGCAAUAAAGAGCUCAUGGAUAUAAUGGUGGAAAACACGGUGGAGAAGACACAUGAUAAUCAUGUGUCUCCUAGUGUGCAGAAAGGUACACCCAAACUCAGGUCACAGAUGAGUCCCAGCAGCCCCACCAAGACCCUCGAAUCAAGCUCCCCAGAGCUGGCCACGCCUCCUGGCAGCCCUCAGCAUCUUAGCGCACAGAAACUGGAGGAGAUGUACAAUAACAUGGGUAAGGCCCAGUCACAUCCCAACCUCACCAGCGAGGAAAAGGGGCCACCGUCCAAAGCAGUUUGGCAGAGAGAAGAAAUAGGGAUGGGAAGCAUCACCGCCGAAGCCAUCACAAGUAAAACAGACACAGUUGCAAACAUGAGGAGCAUGUCGAGCAUUGACAGCUUCAUCAGCUGCACCACUGACUUCCCUGAGAGCUUUCACUUUUCCCACAGACCCAUUAGUAGCAUGCCAGGGAAGGUCAGCACCCAGCCCCGCCUGGAGCCCACUUUGGAGAAUGAGAAUGAGCAUGAAGGUCCCCAGGGCACCAAUACACCCCGAACAAGACGGGGCAGCAGGCUCGGCCCGUAUGAUGUCAGUCCCAGGGCUCUGCGCUUCAACAACCCGCUCAAAAGCCACUCUCUCAAGGUCAACUUCAGAGCUGGGGAGGAUUCUGGGACAGGGGCCCUCUCAGACAGCUCGUCAGUCCAGGGCCCUGAGGUGUCCAUCUAUACAACUGCCAGAAGUAGGACACCCAGCAGGAGCCCGGAGUAUGUACUGCCCAGCAGCCUCUUCACAUUCCACGAUGCAUCCAUCAAUAAAUUCAUCGACGCUGACACAGAUGAGGAGGACAAUCCAACCCAAAGACUCCUGGAAAGAGCAAGCCCCAUGAUUGGCCAUCACUCCAGGUUCCAGCAAGGGGCCAACCACAUGGAGGGCCUGCAGGCAACGCCGUGGAGCAGCACGCUGCUGCCGGUAGAAGGGCAGGAGAACCACGUGGCUCAGGAACUAAAACCACUUCAGGGAGAGAAGAGUCAUUCGAACACUUAA